AUGGCUGAUUCGGACGAAGAGUACGUUGGGGAAGUGUCCGACGAAGAAAACGAUGUCAAAGGUUUCCGAGAUGCCCGGGAAACAGCGCCUGUAUCCCGUCCAAAGCGGAGAAAACAGCGCGGGGGUGCUGAAUGGGAGGUUUCGAGGACUUGGGAGACCUUGGUCGAGGGUGCUGAUGGCACAAUCAGCUCUACUGUUGAAGGACUUUUAGAAGCCGGGAAAAGGAAGAGACUUUUGAGAGAUACAACACCAUUGCAACGUGGUAUUAUCCGGCAUCUCAUCUUGGUUCUGGAUUUGUCCCAGUCCAUGGCCGAGAAAGAUCUGAGGCCGACACGAUAUCUUCUUACCCUGCGAUACGCACAAGAAUUUGUGCGGGAAUUUUUCGAGCAGAAUCCCAUAUCCCAACUUGGCGUGCUUGGCUUGAGGGAUGGCCUUGCAAUCCGGGUCAGUGAUAUGAGUGGCAACCCCACGGAGCACAUCAGUGCCAUACAGGCUUUGAGGGAUCAUGACCCCAAAGGACUUCCUAGCUUGCAGAAUGGGCUUGAAAUGGCACGUGGUGCUUUAUUUCAUACUCCUAGUCAUGGAACCCGAGAAGUAUUUGUGAUCUUUGGAUCUCUCCUUUCCUCCGAUCCGGGCGAUAUACAUCAGACGAUUACCACGUUGAUAAAUGACAAGAUCCGUGUCAGGAUUGCAGGUUUGGCCGCUCAGGUGGCUAUUUGCCGUGAACUCUGCUCGAGGACCAAUGGGGGUGACGAUACCAC